AUGGUCUCUUUACUGGCUGUUUACUGCCUGAUUCUUACUAUCUUCAGCUUCACAAUGUGUGGAUGUGAGGGUGUGUUUGUUUUCAGAGCAGAUGAAGGAGCGACUGUCCAUCUGCCCUGCCACUCUCCACCUGAUGACAGUGUACAAGUUUCUGUAAAGUGGACAAAAAAUAGUGCAACUAGCAAAAAUAUUUGUGAAUGGACUGGAUCUUCCUCCAGUAAUUGCAUUCCUCGUUUUACAUUAAACAGAACGUCUUUUACACUAAGUAUAGAAAAUGUUCAGCCCAGUGACUCUGGUAAUUACAGCUGUAAAACAACAAGGAUAAUUCCACCACCAUCAUUGGACAACAUCUCAAAUGUGACACUUCAUGUUGCAGCACAUCCAGGUCUGUCCCUGCAGCUCCUGAACAGCAGUAAUGACACCUGUGUUCAUCUGCUCUGCUCUCUGGAGGGUCUGAACCCUGAGCUGGUGGACUUCACCUGGAGCCGAGAAGGUCAAAGGUCACUUCAUCCAUCCACAUCUUAUGACAUGAAGAGUGAGCUGCAUCUGUGUAAACCUGACUGGAGUUAUGGAGACAUAAUCACCUGUCACGCCAGCUACUCAAGCACCCAAACACCCCUCAGCAGGAACAUUACACUUGACUUCAGCAAUGAGGGUGUGUUUGUUUUCAGAGCAGUUGAAAGAGCGACUGUCCAUCUGCCCUGCCACUCUCCACCUGAUGACAGUGUACAAGUUUCUGUAAAGUGGACAAAAAAUAGUGCAACUAGCAAAAAUAUUUGUGAAUGGACUGGAUCUUCCUCCAGUAAUUGCAUUCCUCGUUUUACAUUAAACAGAACAUCUUUUACACUAAGUAUAGAAAAUGUUCAGCCCAGUGACUCUGGUAAUUACAGCUGUAAAACAACAAGGAUAAUUCCACCACCAUCAUUGGACAACAUCUCAAAUGUGACACUUCAUGUUGCAGCACAUCCAGGUCUGUCCCUGCAGCUCCUGAACAGCAGUGAUGACACCUGUGUUCAUCUGCUCUGCUCUCUGGAGGGUCUGAACCCUGAGCUGGUGAACUUCACCUGGAGCCGAGAAGGUCAAAGGUCACUUCAUCCAUCCACAUCUUAUGACAUGAAGAGUGAGCUGCAUCUGUGUAAACCUGACUGGAGUUAUGGAGACAUAAUCACAUGUCACGCCAGAUACUCAAGCACCCAAACACCCCUCAGCAGGAACAUUACACUUGACUUCAGCAAUGAGGAGUCUAGCCAGGACUUUUCAGUAGUUUUUGUGGCUUUUUUCAGCAUCUUCAUCAUUGCCAUCGCCUUCAUCUGGAUAUUGUUCUGGGUGUUAAAAUGCAGAGAGUGAGAGUUUGACAUUCUGCCAUGGACCCUCAACAUGAGAGCAUCACAAGAAGUUAUGGAGUCAUUCUGUUACUGUAAUAUUUUUAUAAAAAUAUAUACUUUUGUUAUAAUCCUUUAGAUUAUUCACUGUUGAAGGCAUGUAUUGAAUACAUAACUCACAUGUAGUAUAAUGUAUCAUUAAUUUAAAAUAGUGUCUCAUUUUGAGUUUAUACGUUCAUGUUUAGAGUUGGUUUUUCUGUGUUAUUCAUGUCUGAGUUUCUUUGUUAAUCUUCUAGGUUAUUAAUUAUUUCUGUCACUGUCCCCUGCUUGUUUGUCGCCAUUGUUUCUGAUUGAUUUGAGUAUUCUGUUCAGGUGUGUCUUGUUCAUUUGCUCCCUUGUUUUCCAUGUAUAAGCCCAAAGUUUCAGUUUGCUCUGGGUCAGUAUUUGUCUUGUUUAAGCUGCGUAGUUUUUUUAUUUUCUCCUGCGUUUCCCUAAUCUUCUGUUUUUGGCUUGAAAUAACAUUUCUGUGGAUCCGAAUCCUACUUCUAGCAAGUGUUUCUACGAUACAGCAUGACAAUGGGUCUACUUCUCUGUUUUUAUGUAAUUAAUAUCCCUAAACAAAUACAUAUGCAAAUAAUUCAAGUCAACCAAAUGUAUAAAAACAAUUUUUUUUAAUAAAAUAAAAGCUAAAGGUGUCAUAUGACUCUAUAUAGGUACAUUCACGGCAUGUCGCAAGCAUGUCACUCAAGAUUUAGUCUUCGCAGAGCUCGUAAUUACAACUUGUAAACUGGGAAUUUUCUAAGAGCUCCUACUUGCACCACGUGAUCGCUGUACAACCUGACUGCUAUCAUCUGUUCUUUACCAAGCAAAUGCACAGCAAUAAAUGUUGGAAAGAUAUCAUUCAAGGUAAAAAAAAAAAAAUUACAUUACAUUCACAGAAAUAGAUUGAGUCUACAAACACAGUCCUUUUAGAAUUGUGUAUCAUAAUAAUGGUAAUGAUAACCUACACUUAAAUAAGCACAAUUUAUAUCUCUAAGUGUUUGGUCAAAGAAAGGUUUUUCAUUUUAUCUUUUAUGGUGAUCUAGAUUGGGGGUGGGCGCAUGGACAGGAAGUUCACCACUCAGAUUGUGUACGAGUGCAGAAGUGUCACGCUAAGCACAGCUUAAAAAUGUGUUCUAUUCAUAUGUUUUUAAAAUGGGUUACAAACUGUUUUUUAUUUUUGACUUUAAUUUUUCUCCGACAUACAGGUAAGAGACUUUAUGUAAAUCAAAGAAGUUUCAUUUAAUGUCUCAGUUGUGACUGUGUAAAAAGUGUUAACUGACUAAUAACAGAAUGUGAUUUAUUUACUGUACAUUUGAAGACAUUACGUCUCAAUUUGUGUCAAUCCACAGAUGUGGAGUCUAUAAGAGCAUUUGAAGGAGCGACUGUCCAUCUGCCCUGCCACUCUCCACCUGAUGACAGUGAACUAUUUUCUGUAGAGUGGACAAAGUAUUGUGCAACUAGCAAAACUAUUUGUAAAUGGAAUAUUAAUAAAAUUACUGAAUCUUCUGCUGGAGGAUGCAUUCCUCAUUUUACAUUCAACAGAAAGUCGCUAAGUAUAGAAAAUGUUCAGUCCAGUGACUCUGGUAAUUACAGCUGUAAAACAACAAGAUUAAUUCCACCACCAACAUUGGACAACAUCUCAAAUGUAACACUCCAAGUUACAGCACAUCCAGGUCUGUCCCUGCAGCUCCUGAACAGCAGUGAUGACACCUGUGUUCAUCUGCUCUGCUCUCUGGAGAGUCUGAACCCUGAGCUGGUGAACUUCACCUGGAGCCGAGAGGGUCAAAGGUCACUUCAUCUAUCCACAUCUUAUGGAAUGAAGAGUGAGCUGCGUCUGUGUAAACCUGACUGGAGUGAUGGAGACACGAUCACCUGCCACGCCAGCUACUCAAGCGCCCAAACACCCCUCAGCAGGACCAUUACACUUGACUUCAGCAAUGAGGGCCAACCUGAGAUCCAUCUUCCAGAAUCCGGCCAGAAAUCUCCAGAGUUUUGUGUCGUUCUUUUCGGCACCUUCAUCAUCUGCAUCAUCUUCAUCUGGAUGUUCUUCUGCAUUUCCAAAUAUAAGAGUGUGACCUGCUGCAGUGGACCAUCAACAUGAGAAACUUAUUAAAUCCUUAUGUUACUGUAAUUCAUUAUGUUGUAUAUAUAUACUGUACACACAUUUGUUGAGAUCCUUCAAGUUUUUCCACUAUCCUUAAUUUAAUGCAUACAUUGCAUACAAAUUAUGUAUCAUAAACUGCAAAGGUCUACUUCUCUGAUUAUAUAAUCAAAGUAUCAAUGAGCAAACAUGUAAUAUAUAAAUGAUUCUCCUGUCACCCAAUUGUAUAAAACCAAACUUUUUAAAUAAAAUAAUAGCUGGCUUGCCCUUAAGAAGUGUGAAGCUGAUUCAUGAAGAUACCGUAAAGAAAGUAAGUGUGAAGAUUUAGGGCAGAUUGUGAAAUUUUGUGGUAUUUCCUUGCCAUGAUAUGUCACCUUAACACAGAAAGCAGAACACCAGAGAAAAAAAAAAAAAGUUAUCUUUUGUAUUUAAACUAGUAUAUUCUCAAUUGCUCUUUGCAAAAAAUGAUGGAAAGAUAUCAAACAGUAUUGAACAGCUUAAACAGAGUAAACAUAACUGUGAUAAUAAACUAUAGUUACUGUAAAUAAG